ACUAAAUUACAACUUUUGCAGACAAUAAUUUUUAUAAUGAAUAAACAAGAAAUAUUAAAUUGUUUGUUUUCAAAUUGGUAUCAUUUGUUUAGGCGUCACACAAUAAAAAGCGUAGUUAUCCCUCUGCCCGAGGAUUUUGUUAAAUAUCUGCAAGAUGACGGCACUGUUGUGUUGCCGAGAGGUGUGGUGCUCCCAGGAGCAACUAGGGAGGAGUGGGACAAUGAAGAAGAGGAGGGAGAUAAUGGAGAGGAGAGGAGUGAAGAAGAAUGGGAGGAAAAUGAAAACGAAGAGGAGGGAAAUAACCCUGAGUUCACUGAACUGAUGGAAGAAAUCGGGAAAUUAAUCGAAGACCUCGGGGGAAAAGUGUUUCCUAAAUUGGGGUGGAGCUCACCUAAAGAUGCAGCUUGGAUAGCAAAUAAUUCCUUGUUGUGCAACACUGCAGGUGAAGUAGUUCUUCUGCUUAAAAGUUCUGACUUUAUAAUUUAUGAUUUGACUUCGGUAUUCAAGUUAUGUACAGAUGUGGAAAGUGACGCAAAUAUUCCGCAUCAGCUGGUGCUGCGAAAAUGGGCGAACCUUGUGCCUGGGAUGGAGUUCCGAUGUUUUAUACGAAAUAAAUCUCUAUUAGGCGUCAGUCAGCGUGAUUAUAAGCAACAUUACGAUUACAUCAUAAAGGACAAAGAUAAACUGGCGGAAGAAAUUCACAAUUUUGUAUCUGAUGAGAUUAUUGAUAAAUUUCCAAGUGAUUCGUUUGUCGUCGACAUAUACAAAAAGAGAGACGGCAACUUCUGGGUGAUUGAUUUCAACCCAUAUGGUGAGAUGACUGAGCCAUUAUUGUUCACUUGGGGUGAAUUGUCUUCGGGGAGUUUGUCAACGUGUGAUUUCUAUGUUGAUAUGAAAACUGCAGAUGACGUCACGAUCGGUCAGUUCCGCUACACCCCUUCUGACGUCACAAUGCAGCCCAGCGAGCACCUGCGAUACAGAAUGCCUCAGGAUUUCGUUGAUCUAAGCACCGGUAGUGACGCAACAAAGCUUAUUGACUUCAUGAGAAUGAAAAUUCAAAACGAUGACGUAGAAGAUUCGUCAGAUGACGAACAAUGGACAUUACCUGUCAACAGAUAGCAUUGUGACGUCAUGUAUUGUAUUAUGACGACAUAUAUGCCGAUUGUCGGUUAAAAGUCACGUGCGCGGUUUGUGGUUCAUUACGUCACAAUAACGUUAAUGACGUUUUAUAUUUGAAUUACAAUCGGAAUUGUUACGAAAUAUUGAAACGUUCCAGAAUGAAGGAUUCCAUUGGUCUCUAACAAUCGGUCGGUUUGUUAUGAUUGUUGGACGAUUAUCGAUCGAAUGUUUGGUCGAAGUUUCGAUAUUAAACUUUGGAGGGGUGCGUUAA